GCCAUGUCACGGUGGGCAUUGGCGCGUUUGCUUCCGCGCGACGUUGGAGGGAAGCUGUUGAUCUGUUCCUAUCUUUGGGAGACAGCCAGCUCCAGCCGGAUCUUGUCAGCUACACCGCCACCAUCAGUGCCUGUGAGAAAGUCGGUCUUUGGCCGGUUGCCCUGAACCUCUUCACUGCCAUGGUGGAGGGUGCCCUCAGACCGAACACGGUUUCCUACAACGUCACCCUGAGCUCCUUCUCUAAAGCGGCCCGCUGGGACCUGGCGAUGGAACUGUUCACCGAAAUGCCUCAUCGGAUGGUCCUGCCGGACGUCAUCAGCUAUGGUGCUGCUAUGAGCUGCUGUGCAAAGGGGGAGAACUGGCCUGAAGCGCUGCACCUCUUCGGCAGCCUUGCUGGGGCGGCGUUGACGCCGGAUGUUCUCAGCUACAGCGCAGCUAUCCACUCCUGCGACAAGGGCCAUUGCUGGCAGUUGGCUUUGGGCCUCUUUGACCAAAUGCUUCACGCCCAGAUAAAGCAUGAUGCCGUCAGCUACAACACGACCAUCAGCACCUGCGAGAAGGCAGAGCAAUGGCAGCUGGCAUUGAGACUGUUCUGGGGAAUGCAAGCGGCUGUCUUGCGCCCCGACGUGGUGAAUUAUGGCGCAGCACUGAACUCUUGCGCCAAGAGCGGGGAGUGGGGGCUGGCGCUACAUUUGUUGCAGAGCAUGGAAGCAGAGUAUGUCCAGCCGAACGUGGUUACCUACAGCGCUGCCAUCGCUUCCUGCCGGCCGGCCGGUCAGUGGGAGGUUGCGGCCCAUUUACUCUCGCUCAUGCAGAAGGGAGAGAUCGCUUUGGAUGCCCUUUGUUACACGGCUGCCAUUGGCUGCUGCGAGAAGAGUGGACAAUGGGAGUGGGCGCUGCACCUCCUUCAGAACAUGCCCACAGCGACGGUGGCCCCGAACGUCAUCAGCUACAGCGCUGUGAUCAGUUCUUGUGGACCUCGAGCGGCAUGGCAGCAGUCGCUGGCACUCCUGCGCAAGCUGGCCAUAACGAUCACACCCAAUGACGUCAGUUACAAUGCCACCAUCAACACCUGCGAAAGAGCUGGGCAGUGGCAGGAGGCUUUGGAUGUCUUUUCCUCGAUGGCCUAUGCCGAGCUGCGCCCCACGGCCGUCACCUUCGGGUCGUUGAUGAAUGCAUGCGCCAAGAUGGAGAGGUGGCAGCUGGCGAUGCAACUCUUUGCAGACAUGCCUACCGUCAGGGUCCGUCCAGACGUCGUCAACUUCUCAGUUGGCCUCGCCGCUUGCGGUAAGGGAGGGCAGUGGCAGCUGGCACUGCAGAUGUUUCAGGCGAUGACUGACGAUCAGGUCUCGCCAAACCUGGUGAGCUACAAUGCUCUUUUCGACUGCCUGCAGGAGACUGAUGUCGGGCCCACUUUGUUUCGGCAAGCGCGACCGCUCUACACUGGGCUGCUGCGCAAAGGCAUAACCACGCUGGACUUGCAUGACAUGUCGGCCGGGGCCGCAUGGCUGGCAGUGAGGUGGUGGUUUUCCGACAUCCUUCCGCACUACCUCCACCCCACCGCCCGGCAAAGUUGUGACAUCAUUACAGGUUGGGGCAAGUCACGACCCAUAUGGUCCAACUCCGAUAUCAACGCUUUCGUGUUGGCCAAACUGCAUGAACAUCGAAUACCUGCUGAGGUUCCGGCUGGCAACCGAGGACUGGGGCGCAUC